AUGAGCGUAUUUAAAUUUCGAGGUGAACUCAUUGGACACACGAGUGAUGUGAGAGGCCUUUGUUGUUCUCGAGAUGGCAUGCUUGUCUCGUCUUCGCGAGAUAUGUCGAUUCGGUCCUGGAAACUCGAUAAGGGAACAGCUAAUACCAGUGCAGGAAAAGUAUAUACAAAACACGACAAUUAUGUAACGACAGUAGUGUUCGCGAAACCUACAGAAACGUUUCCAAGCGGUCUUAUACUGACGGGCUCGAAUGAUAAUCUUAUUCGAGCAUUUCUCGAGGAUGAGUCGGAUCCGGUUUUCGUCCUGCAUGGUCAUACUGACACAGUUUGCACUCUUGAUUCCAAUUCUAACGGUCUCAUUGCUAGCGGUUCAUGGGAUUCAACAGCUAGGUUAUGGAAUUACGAUUCUUGCAUCGGCAAACUCCAACGUCCAGGAACGACGAUAUGGUCAGUCAGUUUUCUACCCCAGCCCCAUCCAGAUGAAUAUCAGAUCGCUACAGGCUCGUCAGAUGCGGUAAUAGCCAUCUGGCGUAUACCAAGCGCUUCGCUCGGCCGAGGUUCCCUUGCUUAUGAGUCUGUAACGCCCUCAAGACUUCUAAGAGGUCACACAGACUGCGUUCGUUCCCUGGCUCUCCUCGACGUCGACCGUCUUCUCUCGGCUAGCAAUGACGGAAGCCUGCGUUGCUGGAGUCUCGACUCUGGAACUUGCAUUGCGGAGUUUUAUGGUCACACAAGCUUUGUCUACUCCGUGGCCGUUGAUCCCAAUCAUCAGUUCAUUGUCUCAUCUGGAGAGGAUAGGACAGCUCGCGUCUGGCCCAUUCCCGAAGUGGGUGUUAAUUCGAUGCAGCAGUUAGAGUGCCAACAGACCAUCUUCCUACCCUGUCAGACUGCAUGGUGCGUGGUGGUCACAGUUGAUGGUGAUAUCGCUGUUGGAUGCAGCGAUAAUAGGAUUCGUUUGUUUUCGCGCAAUCCUGAACGUCAAGCGUCGGACUCGGCGUUAGAAGCGUACGACACUGAACUGGCCUCCUUUCAGGUGGCUGAGGGGACUCUCGGUGAACUUGACAGGCAUAAUUUACCCGGCAUUGAAGCUCUCACAGUUCCUGGCCGAAGCGAGGGUCAGAUAAUGGUAAUUCGGGAGGAGUCGGGUGUGGUGUGCUACCAAUGGUCGACGUGUGAGUCAAGAUGGGUGAAAGUCGGCGACGUUGUGGGCUCCGCGGAGCACUCCGCCUCUGGGUCCAACCGCAUUCUUUUCGAGGGCAAGGAGUACGAUUACGUGUUCACGGUUGACUUCGCUGAUAAUAUGCCAGCGGUUAAACUGCCCUUCAACAAGAUGGAUGAUCCCUGGGUGGUAGCGCAAGCCUUCUUGCACAAACACAAUCUACCACAGGACUACCUGGACACAGUGGCUAAGUACAUAAUUAAGCAGGCCGGUCUGGAGAGCUCUAACAUCAGUAAGGAUAGCGGGAACGAGUUUUUCGAUCCUUACACUGGUUCUGGUCGCUAUGUUCCCACCGGAUCGACCGAUCAAAAGCCCAGCGUCCAUUUUCCUGCUAAAGAGUUCAUCACUUUGGAGGCUAUCAAUGUCAAAUUGGUCUUGUCGAAACUGAAGGAGUUCAACUCGACUGCUCCAAAGGGCCUCUCGGACAAGACACUACAGCUAGUGGAGAAUAUGAGCCCCGAGAUGUCGGAGGAGAAUGCUCUGCAUCUGACGCUGUCUAUUCUGGAGCUUAUUGAACUGUGGCCAAGUGAUCUAACCUUUCCCCUCCUCGACUUGUUGCGGUGUUUGGUCCGUUGGCACAGUGCCUCUGACGCCAUCUUUCAACCGGCGAUGUGGACAUCUAUCUUGCGAACUUCGGGUCUAGAGCAUAUGAAGAUGGAUGUCGGUGCCAUUGCGACCCUUCCUCCAGCUGAGAUAAACUGCUCUUUAUUCCUCUUUCGCCUCAUGACCAACGCAGUUGCCGCAGAUGCUGGUAGAGUGAGGGCUGGCUCCUCUGUACCCGCCUCUCUGCCACUCAUCUUUGAGGAGGCCAGGCAUCUGGUCAAACUCUUCGAUUCGCCUGCCCUGGAUAUUUUUGAUAAAAAGAAAAAUCACGUGGUAGCUCUAGCAACCUUGGUACACAAUCUGGCCGUUUUUGCUUACAAAAACGUCGGCGACCACAGCACCACUAUCACCGCAAUACCGACCCUGCGGGGCUUGCCGGGAUUGUGUGUGCGAAUGGCAACCAGCCUACUACUCUUCACUGCUCCCAAAGGUAUGGAAUCGGUUACUCACUACCCCCCAGAGGUGCAGCUUCGACUCCUCAUCGCGCUUGCCACUGCCGUAAUUGCCUCUACUCCUGUCCCUACCGAAGGAACACCGAUAAGUGCAGAGGCGGAGGCCGCACUACGACUGCGGCGCGCCUGUCUCAUUGGGAGCGCAGCCACUUCGAGUGGGGCCUCUGAGGCUAGCGAGGAUGUGCUGACGGGUUGGGAGCGGAUUCGUGAUGUGAUGCAAUUCUGGACGCAAUGCAAAAUCGCGCAGGCGUCGAUUCGAAGCCUAGAGACGAAACUCACAGGAGGAUUUUGCUUCCUUGUGCGAGCUAAAAUCGGUGAGUUGACAUUUCCUCUAGCCGCUGGAUCCGAUAUCCUGAAAGCUCCAUUCAGCCUGGAGCAUGAUACCACCUUUGCCACAGACGACUAUGACUGUCAGGUGAUGAACCAGGGAGCAGAGCCCUUCAUCGCUAUUGUGCACUGCUGUUACACCGGUGCAGAUCUUAACGAUGAGCGAGAAUGGACAAGCGAAGACUAUCGGGAAAUAUUGAGGCGAAUCUACUUCAGAUAG